UGGGUUGAUAUUUUGGUCUCGAAGAAAUUCGAGAUGAGUGUUACGAGCGUGUGAAGUUCGGUUGAGGAAGAAUCGACGAGCUGAGGCCUUGACUUUGGGCGCGGUCCCCACGACUAUAAAGCCGGCUGGCAGACGCUGUCCUGCACAAACUCGACAGUCGACAGUCGUAGAUCAGUCUUCACCGAGCUCAGUUACAACAACUUUGCCAUCCGACAUGAAGGUAAUCGUGGCAGUGUGUCUGAUGGUGUCGGUGGCUUCGGCCGCAGUGCUGGUUCGCACACCCAGUCUGGACAGCGCUGUCAUCCAGUCGGACCGUCUGGGCGGCAACUUCGCCUACAGCCACGUGGAGGCCCCAGCCUAUGCGGCCGUCAGCCCCGUCAUCUCACACGUGCCCACUCCCGUCGCUGUCUCCUACAACCAUGUACCUAUUCAGGUACCAGUCGUAGCUCCUGCCGCUCUGCCGGCCUACUAUGCUCCGUCAGCGCCCGUAUUUGCUGCCCCAGCUAUCAUCCCAGGCAGCCCACUCCUGCCCCUUCCUGCCGCCCCUGUUCCAGCCGCCCCCACUGCCCCAGAAGCCGCCCCUGCCCCAGCCCCCGCUCCCGCAGCUGAGGAGGCAGCACCCAGCUCCGAUGAGUCUGAAUCGGUCUCUGUAGAAGCCGCUGCCUAAGCAACCUCCCACCCCCCACCCACACUCUCAAUGUUCCUCAUCUUGCUCACCAAUAAAACUUAAUUUCAUACAAAAA